GCAAAGGCUAAGAAGGCAAGUCGUUGGUGCGGGCCUUGUGCGAGGAAGAAACGAGCAUGGCGUUCGGAGGCUCGAAGGCGUGGUAAGCAAAGGAUGGAUAUGGCGUGCCGGAGAUUGCAUGGGAACAGAAGGUAGGUGCAUGGAAGGUUGGGACCCAUGGGACAAGCCGGGUCCAUCAAGUGGGCCAUUUGGACGGAUCGAGGGUUUUCGGGGUGGACUAAGCCCAUCAGGCGAGCAGGCCAAGGGAGAAGAAUGGGCGAAUGUGGACGAACAACGCGCAUCGGCCCAUGAUGCGCGCAAAGGGGCGAACGACAUGCUGAUGGCUUCAGAGCCCGAUCAUCAGGGUCCUACUCAGGCUACGGUAGUCGCUCAAUUCCGCGACUAUCACGCAGAGAAGUUCUCAGGACAGGGAGACCCCCGCAUCGUUGAUGAAUGGAUCCAGGGGUUAGAGUUUAUCUUUGAGGUUAUGGAAUGCCCCGAUAGGUAUCUUGUAGUUUGCGCUCAACUUCAGCUCACUGGUGAUGCCAGGCUCUGGUGGAAUGCCUACUGGAGCAUGCGUCCUGGUGAAAAGGCGGGUUGUACAUGGGACAUGUUUAAGAAUCUAGUCUGCGACAAGUACUACCCUUCCUACUAUCGGGCAGAGAUGGAGCGCCAGUUCUUAGCGCUUCAGCAGGGCACUCGUACAGUAGAUGAGUACGAGCGAGAGUUCACCAGACUUGCAGGUUUCGCACCGGAUCUUGUUCGUACGGAGGCCCAGAGAGCGCAGCGGUUCAUUGACGGACUUUACCCAGCAGUCCGUCAUAAUAUCGUGGGACACGGGACACAGAAGUAUGCACGAGCAGUCUCUAUCGCCCAGGAGGUAGACGCUAGCAUCAGGAGGGAGGCCGUUCGUGAUCGUGCUCAGCCAUCUGCCCCAGCUCAGCCAGUCGCAGUUCCACCAGCUCUACCAUCUACCCAGCAACCAAAGAACAACAAGAGGAAGGGGAAAGGUGCCCCGACAGAUAAAAGGACCCGACGGAGGCUACAGGAGAUUCCACCAUGCCCGACUUGUGGUCGACUUCAUAGGGGAGA